AUGUCUGGAGAUAUCAAUGUUGCAGUUGCAUCAUUUAUAGAUAGAUUGAAAAGAAGACAGGUGUCUGGAUCGUACCAGGUUUCUCUGGAAACGCUUCAGCUGCUGAAACGGUUUGUUUCUGCAGCCAGAUGGUCCGGUAUAGACGAUUUGAUCGCACAACUGCGAGAAUUGGGUCUGAGACUGGGGAAAGCCCAACCCACAGAGUUUACUUGUGGAAAUAUCAUCAGAAGAGUGCUGGCUUUGAUCAGAGACGAAGUGGAAGAAGAAGCUGCUCAGCACAACCAGCAGCUUCAGGUAACAACAGAACCCAUGAUUUCGUCGAUGUUCAGUCUCUUACAGAGACCGGUUGCUGCCCCUACAACUGCCACUACAACCUCAUCGCAAUACCACCAGAACUCGCCAUCAACGUCAAGCGAACAUCCAAAGGCUGAUAUGCGUCAGGUCAUUAUACAGGGAAUUAAGGAUCUGAUAGACGAGAUCUCAAAUAUCGACGAUAGCAUCCAGCAAAUCGCCAUCGACCUUAUCCACGAUCGCGAAAUCUUGCUGACUCCGACCCCGGAUUCCAAGACCGUUCUCAAAUUUCUUAUCAAAGCCCGUGAACGCAAUAACAGAAACUUUAGCGUGCUUGUUACCGAAGGUUUCCCCAAUAACACACAGGUCGCCCACCAGUUUGCGAAAAAACUGUCCGAACACGGCGUAGAAACGACCGUUAUCCCCGAUACUGCGGUUUUUGCACUCAUGAGUCGUGUGGGUAAAGUCAUCAUUGGUGCAAAGACCGUUUUCACCAAUGGUGGGACUAUCUCGUCCACCGCCGGCGUUUCUUCCGUGUGUGAGUGUGCUCGUGAAUUCAAAACGCCUGUCUUCGCUGUAGCUGGUCUAUACAAGCUCUCGCCUCUCUACCCGUUCGAUAUCGAGAAAUUCGUGGAAGUUGGUGGCUCACAGCGCGUUUUGCCCAACAUGGAGACGCAUCGUAUGGGGAAUCACAACAGGCUAGAUACUGUGAAUCCCAUUGCCGAUUAUGUUCCGCCUGAAAACAUCGACAUCUAUAUCACCAAUAUCGGUGGGUUCGCUCCCAGCUUCAUAUACCGUGUGGUGUGGGACAAUUACAAGCAACAGGACGUGAACCUGGGGCACACUACCAAACGAUAA